CCGACAGUUGGGGCAUAACACAUCGAAAACUUGGAAGCCUACGGCAUGUACGGUGACUUUUGGCGGGUUUUUCUAAGUUAUACACUCUGAAAUAUGACGAAACUCUCACUUUAAUUAAAACAUGGACGAUUCCAAAAAGAGAAAAUUGGAUUCAGAUGAUGAGCCCGAGAAACGUGUGGUGAAGGAAGGCAUGUCGUGGUGGAUGUGCUUGAUGCUGGGCAUGAAUAAUGAGAACAGUCGUCCCCAGGCAGUCCCUGUCAAGCAACAAUCCCGUGCCAAGUGCACUUCCCAGUCUGCGGCUGAAAUGUCAGCAAACAGUAUGACCUCAUCCCAUCCAUGAUACGGGCUGAUUUACCAAGAAACACUUUCUUACGUUUUAGCUCAGUCAUUUCAUCAUGUUUACUGCUCUUAAUUUUAUGCUGGUGUCCAGCCAUGUCUGCCGAGGAGGACUUUGUGGAUUGUGAGACGUGCCUGGCCCAGAAACCCACCGAGCCGCUUGCCAGCGAUUGCUGCGGCACGGGUUGUAACCCCUGCGUGUUUGACUUGCAUGAGACAGAGCUGGCAGCAUGGAGGAAGUCUUGCAACAGGUGUCAUGUAGGCGGGGCACAGACAGAGCACCGAGAGCCUGCUGAAAAUAAACACCAGACGUCAAGUUAUCAGGAUGCGUUUAGCCCUGAUGAGUACCGAUCCUUCAAGUUACAGAGCGCGAAGAGAGUAUCCCAUGAUAGCGUCAUCUAUACAUUUGUCCUGCCUGGCAACAGUCAAGUCAAUCUUGGUGUCGGCCAACACAUAAUACUCAGGGGUGCUGUGAAUGGUAGAUCCAUCACACGGCAGUACACGCCAAUCAGCCCUCCCGGAACAAGGAACCACUUUGAAGUUCUCAUCAAGAUUUACAAAGAUGGUUCCAUGUCUCAGUACAUCAAGCAAUGGAAAGAAGGAGACAGCAUAGAGUGGCGAGGCCCGUAUGGAACUUUCUCUUACCAACCCAAUCAGUGUCGCCGUGUUGUGAUGCUAGCAGCCGGCACCGGCAUCACCCCGAUGCUUCAAGUCAUCCGACACAUCGUCACCGAUGACAACGAUGAGACGUUUGUUCACUUGGUGUAUGCGAGCCGAAGGUAUGAAGAUAUACUCUUGCGAGAAAAGUUGAACGAGCUGACGGCUUUCUGGAACUUCACCGUCUUGUAUGCGCUGAGCCAGGAUGUGCCGGGAGAACAUCCCACGUCAUAUGGAGAAAAUUUCCACUAUGGCCGCAUCAAGCAAGACCUACUGGCGGCUGAGAUGGAGACUAGUCCAGAAGCAGAAACCCAGUUCCUCGUGUGCGGUACAAAGUCCUUUGAUAAAGACAUGAUGAAUUUUUUGAAAAAGCUGGAUUUUAAGGGAAGUGUCUUCAAAUUUUGAUAAACUUUCAAUCUCCCAGAUGUACCUACGAAGAAAUAUUUAGAAUUUAAUAAAAUUUUUCAACAUUUUGAAAAGUUUCAUUUUUUAUACUGAUAAUAGAUAAUUUCUGAUUGUCAUAUGCCACAUACAAAAAUGUGACAGCCACCUUCCUUUGUAACUUUGUAUUUAAAAUCUUUCAGCAUAUUUAUAUUUUUCGUGGCGAAAUCCUAACUUGACUAAAUUCAUUCUAAGUUAUGCACUUAAAACAUUAUUCAUAAAUACCUCAGACAAUCUUCCUAUUCAACGUGCAACUUGACCCUGUAUUCAAAUUUGAUUGAAAGCCACUGAUUUGAAUUGAUAUGAUUUGAAAGCCGCUGAGAAGUGACAAUGCCCACUGUGUAAAUCAAGCGCUGGCACCUGGACACGAGACAGUUUAGUUGAUUCUGAUUGGUCUAGAGUCUGUGUGCACGCGGCUCACCACGCGUGCGCCAAGUCCAUAUAAGGAGACUCUA